AUGCUUCAAUUCCAGCAGCCACAGAUGAAGCCAUCUGAUAUUCCCAAUCAUGACAAGCUUCAGAAAACCAUUCUUUUGAAGGCACUUGAGGUUGAAGGUAGUCUUCAAGUGCUUUUCAAGAUUUUGCUUACAUUUGAUGCUUGGACAUCACUGACUUAUGACCUAUACCUUGCUGUACCUGCUUAA